AUGAAGCAUUGUAUUUUUCAGGAAACUUUACUAGUAUAUAUUUUCUUUACAUUUAUUGUUUCAUUUUUAUUACAUUCUCACCAUGGGAGUGGUUGAAAGGAAGCAGAAAAUUUUCUACAAGAAGACAAAGCGUGGCAAUAUUCUAAAAGUGGUGAGGGAGCACUACCUGCGUGAUGAUGUGUGGUGUAGCGUUGCAGGAUGUCAGCAGUGCAAAAAUGAAGCCUCAUCAUUAAAUCCUGUUCCUGAGUCACCUUCAAACCUUGUGUCAGAACCACAUGUUCUUGUCAUUGACACUAACAUAGCACUUCACCAGAUUGACUUUCUAAGUCACGAGAGCAUUCGUAACAUCGUAAUACCCCAGACUGUGUUACAUGAGGUGCGUCAUCGCUCCUUGCCUGUUUAUAAGCGGCUCAGAGAUGUCAUAGAUCUGCCUUCUAAAAACUUCUAUGUCUUCUCCAAUGAACAUCAUAGCUCGUGCUACGUUGAGCGUGUGGCAGGGGAGAGCAGCAAUGACCGUAACGACACGAGCAUCCGCCUGGCUGCGUGGUGGUAUGGCUCACACCUACAGCCACUGGGGGUGCAGGCUGUGUUGCUCACCGACGAUGUCUCCUGCAGACACAAGGCCAAGGAGAUGGAUAUCACUGCAUACAGCGUGCGAGAAUACGCGUCGUCGCUCACUGAGUCUCCGGGCCUCUUGGACUUGGUAGCCUCCACAGAGCCUACAGAAAAAGACGAAGAUUCGUUCAAGAAAAUGUUCUACGAGCCUCACUGGUCACUUGAACAAAUUCGUUCCAUGUUGAAGCGCGGCGAGCUACGGCAGGGCGUGCUGCGUAUGUCCCGCAGCAACUGCCUCGAGGGCAGCGUCAUGGUCGAGGGUCUCGAUGAGGCCAUCCUAGUACAGGGCAGAACUCAUCUCAACAGAGCUCUUCAUGACGACGUAGUGGCGCUGCAACUGCUGGACGAGACGUGCUGGGUGGGCGCCUCUGCUAAAGUCAUAGAGCGCGAGGACCUGCUGGAAGCAGAAGAGAAGGAAGAACCUUCGGCUGGCGGUGCUGAAGGGGCGACCGACGAGACGUUGCUGGCCGUGGAGAAGCAAGCUCACCGGCAGCCCACAGCCCGCGUCGUCGGCGUCAUAAGAAGGAAGUGGCGCCAGUACUGCGGCAUCAUCAAGCCUUCUGACAUCCCCAUGGCAACCCGCCAUCUGUUCGUGCCAGCUGACCGCCGCAUCCCCUACAUCCGUCUGGAGACGAGGCAGGUGGAGCAGCUCGUAGGCAAGCGCAUCAUCGUGGCGCUCGACAGCUGGCCACGGGAUAGUCGCAACCCAAAGGGACAUUUCGUUCGCGUGCUGGGAGAGAUUGGUGACCGAGAGACUGAGAACGAAGUUGUGCUGCUGGAGCACGACUGUCCACACACCGCCUUCUCUGAAGCUGUGCUCAAGUGCCUGCCGCAGAUGCCCUGGGUUAUCACAGAAAAGGACGAGCGUGAGCGCGUCGACCUCCGUCACGUGGACAUCUGCUCCGUGGACCCCAUUGGCUGCACGGAUAUUGACGACGCUCUGCACUGCCGUCGCCUUGACAACGGCAACUUCGAGGUGGGCGUACACAUCGCUGACGUGUCGCACUUCAUCAGGCCCGGCACGGCGCUGGACAAGGAAGCACAACAUCGCAGCACAUCAGUCUACCUCACCAACAGACGCAUUGACAUGGUACCAGACUUGCUCAGCAGCAACCUGUGCUCCUUACGUGGCAACGUGGAUAGGUUUGCUUUCUCCGUGAUCUGGGAGCUCACUGAAGAUGGCAUCAUAGUUGACCACCGGUUCUGCAAGACGAUCAUCUGCAGUCGUGGUGAGCUGAGUUACGAGCAGGCGCAGCAACGCAUCGACGACCCUAACAUGACGGACUCCCUCACUGAAAGCCUCAGGGACCUCAACUUCAUUGCCAAAAAGCUUAAAGCCCGUCGGAUAGAUGAUGGCGCCCUGGUGCUGGCAAGUAUGGAGGUAAAGUUCCACGUAGAUCCUGAAACUGACAGCGUCGUGGACAUCGUUGCCAAGCAGCACCUCGAGACUAUGAGCAUGGUGGAGGAGUUCAUGUUGCUCGCCAACGUUACCGCUGCCAAUACGACACUGCAGCAUUUCCCUGACUGUGCCAUGCUUAGACGUCAUCCCGCACCACCCACUUCAAAUUUUGAACCUCUCUUGCUGGCUUGUAAAAGUCAGGCCGUCGAGUUGGACGUGAGCAGCAAUAAAACCCUGUCUGAUUCCCUGAACAAAUGCGAACGCGAAGGCAACCCUUUCUUCAACUCAAUGCUGCGCAUCAUGACUACCCGCUGCAUGAUGCAGGCGCUGUACUUCUGUUCUGGUACUCUCGAGUAUCCCGAGUACUACCACUACGGUUUGGCAAUGCCAACAUACACACAUUUUACAUCGCCAAUCAGGAGAUAUGCUGAUAUCAUCGUCCACCGUUUACUGGGCGUGAUCAUUGAUGCAGACACAACAUAUCCAGAGCUACUGGACGUGAAAAAGCAGACGGAGUUAGCCCAGCACAUCAACUACCGCCACAAGAUGGCUCAGUACGCUGGGCGAGCGUCUGGGGCCAUCACCGCAGUUUCUGCUCUGAAGAACAAAACAGUGGAGUAUGAGGCGUACGUGCUAUUCCUCCACCAGAACGCUUUACAGUUACUGGUGCCCGCCAUAGGCCAGCAGAUGACUCUGUAUCUAGACUACCAUGUGAAGGAGAGGAGGGCGGCUGUUAAAUCCAAGACCGAGGAGCUCAGGAACAAAGGAAUUAAAUAUAAGGAAGAAGAAAAUCCGGAGCCACUUCCUGCCUUUGAAUUUAAUGAAAAGGAGUUGUACGUGCAAUGCGGUGACGUUGUUCUACGACCAUUCGACGAGGUGGUCAUCCAAGCGACGGUGGACGCAAGUGACGUGCAGCAUCAACGCAUCGUCACCAAGCUAGUACGUCCCGUCAUCGCAGGGUACUCAGUACCGUCCAUACGCACUAGUGACGAACCUGAUACAAACAAGCAAGAGCGAUCCAAGAAACUGAAGCCUACAGCGAAAAUAGCGAGCGACGAGGGUGGCCCUGAAGUAGCUGCCGCCGUUCGGAAGGCAGAACAAGAACCCAAGAAGAAAACCGGUAAAACUGCCGCCAGGAGAGCCAUGCCGGAGGAACCAACCAAGAACAAAGUUAAAAAAGCAAAGAAGUAAUAAACAUUUCGACUUCUAUCAGGAA